AUGCGUCGCCGUGGUGAUAAGUUUCCUGAUAAUGGUUUUGAAGCUUGGGGUGGUUAUAUGCAGGCAAAAAUUGCUAAAUUAGAAGAUCAGUUCUCUACUAAAGCUGAAAAAGAGAGCAAAUUGUCAAACAUAUUUAACGGUGUAUCAAUUUUUGUAAAUGGUUUUACAAAACCUUCUGCAGAUGAACUAAAAGAACUUAUGCCUCAGCAUGGUGGUGUCUAUCACACUUAUCAAAGAAGUAAUGAUUUUAUUAUUGCUUCUAAUUUGCCCGACACAAAAGUUAAGAAUAUGUCAACUGCUAAAGUAGUAAGACCUGAAUGGAUUACAGAUAGUAUUGCUGCUAAACAAUUGUUGGAUUAUAGGCAAUAUUUGCUUUACAAAAAUUCAAGAACACAGCCUCAAUUAAAAUUUAAUAAAAUAAAAAAAGAUCAUGUUAAGUGUGAUACACAAAAUGGAGGUAUGCAUGAAGAUGCAAUAUUAUAUGCAAAAGAAAUGAACCAUAUAAUUAAUGAAUAUACUUUUAAAGAAACUAGUAAAGAAUUAGACAUGUGUAAUGUUCCCACAUCAAAUCCAAAAUUACCUGUUGUAGAAAAUAAAUCUAAAAAAAGUGAUUCUGUUGCAAAGACUGCUGUUGAUCCUAAUUUUAUAUCUGAAUUUUAUAACAAUUCAAGACUUCAUCAUAUUUCACAACUUGGAGCUUUUUUAAAACAACAUGUUAAUGAUUUAAGAGAAAAUAAUGACUUUACAUUCCCUGCUCGUGCUGUUCUUAAAAAGAAUAUACAGGCUUUAAAUAAUGUUCAGCAGAUAGAAGCAAAUUUUGAUAGUGGGAAGAUAAUAAUGCACAUUGAUAUGGACUGCUUUUUUGUAUCUGUUGGUAUACGUAAUAGACCAGACCUCCUGGGCAAACCUGUCGCAGUCACCCAUUCUAAAGGUAAACAAGGUCGCCCAAAAAGAGAGGGGGUAGAUAGAUACACCGAAUUCAACCUUUAUAAGCAAAAACAAGCUCAUAAAUUGGGUAAAGCUACAGGAAUUCCAGUGAAAGAUAUUGAAAUCAAAAGUAGGGUGGACCUUAUUGCAGAUGAAGAUGAUGAUGAAUAUGGUUCAAUGAGUGAAAUAGCAUCAUGUUCCUAUGAAGCAAGAGCCAAAGGUAUUACAAAUGGAAUGUUUAUGGGAGCAGCUCUGAGAUUGUGUCCUAAUUUACAGGCAAUACCCUAUGAUUUUGAUGGAUAUAAGGAAGUUGCAUACACAUUAUACGAGUAUAAUACAAUUGCCCAAUACACUCUAGACGUAGAGGCUGUUUCUUGUGAUGAGAUGUAUGUUGAUUGCACUGAAUUAUUAAAUGACUUAAAAGUCAGUGUUCAAGAUUUGGCUACAGUAUUAAGGCAAGAAAUAAAAACUAAAACUGGAUGUCCAUGUUCAACUGGAUUUGGUGGUAAUCGUUUACAGUCAAGACUAGCAACAAAACGGGCUAAGCCAGAUGGUCAGUUUUUCCUGACUUCUGAAUUAGUUGAAGACUUUAUGUUUAAUAUUCACCUUAAAGAUUUACCUGGUGUUGGAAGGCAGAUGGCACAAAAAUUAGAAUCUCUAGGCCACCAAACUUGUGGAUCAUUACAAACACUAACUUUAGGUUUAUUGCAACGACAUUUGGGAAAUAAAACUGGGGCCCAACUUUUUAAUCAAUGUCGUGGGCGGGACUCGAACCCACUAACAUUUCAUACUGUCCGAAAAUCAGUGUCUGCAGAGGUAAAUUAUGGGAUAAGAUUUGAAAAUAAUGCACAAUGUUAUGAGUUCUUAAAGCAAUUAUCAGUUGAAGUACAUUCCAGAAUGCAACAAUUAAAAGUGCUGGGAAAGUGUAUAACACUAAGGUUAAUGGUAAGAGAUGAGAAGGCUCCUAUAGAAACAGCUAAAUUUAUGGGGCAUGGUUUCUGUAAUGUAAUUAAUAAGUCAAGUUCAUUACCUAAUUCUACUAAUGAUAUUGAAAUAAUAACAAAAGAGGUUAUUUCCCUUUGCAAAAAGCAAAAGAUAGAUCCAAAGGAAAUGAGGGGUGUUGGUAUUCAGGUAACAAGGUUAGAACCCCUUAAUGCUAAGCUUACAAAGGGAGGAAUAAGUAAAUUUUUUAAUAAAAAUGUUACGCAACAUACCUUCAACAGUAAAAUUAUAUCGGAGGAUGAGAAUGGUGCAAUAUUUGAUAUAAAUCAAUUUAAGUUUGAAGAUGGAGGGGAACCUAAGUUACCAAUUACUCCAAAAAAAGAGAAUAAACUUUUGUCACCAAUUAAAAAAUCUCCAAAAUUUGGCUUACUUAAAUCUUCACCUGGGAAAAAGAGGGGAAUACUUGACAUAAAUCAAAUAAAAUUUAAAGAUGGAAGAGAAUCUAAGUUACUAAUUACUCCAAUAAAAGGGAAUAAACUUUUAUCACCAAUUAAAAAAUCUCCAAAAUUCAGCUUACUUAAACCUUCACCUGGAAAAAAAAGAGGAAGACCUCCAAAUAAUGCAAAAAGCAGUCUGACAACAUCAAAAAAUUUUAUGGAUAAGUUUCUUUAUGGCCAAAAUCAAGUAAAUGAGCAGAUCCAGUAUAAAAAAGAAAACAAAGACCAAAUAUUAUGCAAUGAUGAAAAAAAUACAAAUGAGGAAUUAAGCCAACAAGGUUUAUCAGGUCUUCCAUGGGAAAAAGUUAGGGAAUUAUUAAGAGCAUGGUUGGAUAGUGGACAAAGCCCAAAAUUUUGUGACACUAAGAUGAUAGCAGGUUAUUUAAGCAAAUUAGUUCUUAAUAAGGAUAUAGACAAGGUUUAUAUUUUAGUAAAUUAUUUAAAAAGAAGGACUGAUGAACUCAACAAUAGUAUGUGGACAGAAGUAUAUGACUAUGUCUUAGAAGAAGUACAGAGCUCUAUGGUGGUUGUUUAUGGGAAAAAACUCUGGAUUAAUGAUUGA